GCGGCUGAUAAAUUAGCGAAAUUUUAAUUUGAUUUCCUUCACAAAUUUCCGCCGAACUCGACUGUGGUGGAUUGGAUGUGGACUGGAUGGCCGGUCGGGUGUCGGCGGAGUGUCUGGCCAAGUGGACACAGAAGCCGAGGCAGCAAAUAAACUAAGUGAAUUUAUGGCCCCAGGGCAGGAGCGGCACACGUGUGCGACAUGCCCACACAUUGACACCUACCAAUAACCAACUAUCAAGUACCGGCCAUCCAAUAACCGACCUAACCACACACUCCACACACUCCAUACUCCAAUAGGGCUGCAGGUCCCUGGGCGCGUUUGGGAUCAGAUCGUCUUGGUUCGGUUUUGGUUGGAUGUUUUGUUUAUGCUGGGCCGGCACAAACGAGCUGACAAUGCCCCAUGUCGUGGCGACGGUACGUGCGGCCAAACAAAUUACAGGGAAAUUGCGUCACCUGCAGGAAUUUCCACUCGGCAUUGUCAAAUGCCAUCAGAAAUCGCUGGACAUGUUGUAACAUUAAUUUGACAUUUUACGGCCCAGGACAGGGAUCGUCGUCGGGAAUGAGACCGCAGAGCAACGCAGGACAACGUUAAACCCACCAGCAGACAGCUGUCGAGAUGGCCAAGGAUGCUGGAGCCGCCAAGGGAUCUUGCAGCAGCAUCUCGGUCACUCGGAAAAGUAUGAGGUACACUGAAAACACUGCCUACGA